CCCCUUCUCCCUUCGCUCCCGAAUACAUACAUCAAAACUGUUAGUGUUUUUGUCUUCCUUUUUCUAAACUUUUUCAGUUUUUUUCUUUCUCAAGAGACAAAACCUGUUCUGUUUUUUUUCUCUUUAUAAUAUUGAUGUGGCAAAGAACUGGAUCUUGAUGUUCAAACAUUCAUGUCGUCUCCGGUAAUUAGUGAAAUCCUUAGAUCUGGGCUUACUAUAGAUUCGUCACUUAGACGCAGGACCCAUCUCGUUCAAUCUUUCUCCGUCGUCUUUCUCUACUGGUUCUAUGUCUUCUCAUAAAUCAUCUCUCCUUUAGCUCUAAUAUAUAUAUAUAUAUAACCUAUAACUAUAUACUAUACCAUAUAAACCUUUUAUAAUAAGAUUUUAUAGAUUUUCAAAACCCUAACUUGGGUCCUGCGUCUUUCAUUUGUAUUAGCAUUUCCUGUGUGUGUUUUCGAUAUAUAAAAAUAUGAAUAAAACUGAACUCGGAUCUCCGACAAGCAACUCGUCUGUUUUAACGACCGGUUUACUAAACUCCGGUUCGGAGUCUGAUCUCCAACAACGUGAUCUACUCGACGAGCGGAAGAGAAAGAGGAAGCAGUCGAACAGAGAGUCCGCAAGGAGGUCGAGGAUGAGGAAGCAGCAGCACUUGGACGAUCUAGCAGCUCAGGUGACGCAUCUACGUAAAGAAAACGGCCAUAUCAUCGCCGGGAUUGCCGUCACGACGGAGCACUACGUCACUAUCGAGGCGGAGAAUUCCAUUCUCAGAGCUCAGCUCCUGGAGCUCAACCACCGCCUUGAUUCCCUCAGCGAGAUCGUCGACUUUGUCGAGUCGUCUUCCUUUGAGAUGGAGACUGGUCAGGGAGGAGGACUAGUUGACUACGGUGGCGGCGGCGGCGGAGGUGGUGGAUUUUACGACGGGGGGAUGAAUACUCUCAAUCUAGGGUUUUAUAACCAACCAAUCAUGGCUUCUGCUUCUACUGCUGGUGAUGUUUUCAACUGUUGAUAUCAUCGUGAGUGUGACGAAUAUGAAUGACAUCAGGGGUAAGCAUGUAACUUUAUUAUGUAUGAUGUGAUGUUAUGUUUUUUAGUUGUAAGAUAAAAAUCAAUUAACGCUUAAUCAGUGUUUAAAACUGUGAUAUCAUUAAGAUGGUGAUGUGAUUUGGCUGUAA